UGAGGCUGUCACUAGGCCGCUAUUUGUGGACCUCAUGAAAUACUCCGAUAGCGUGCGCCAGAACGAACCCAACUCAUACGAGGCAUACGAAGAUGCAAGACCAGAAACCAUAAUCUGGUUUCGCGAGGUCAUCCGGUGCCAAUGAAGAUAAGGCAUCUUAGGGAUGAAACAGGUAUAUAAAGACUCACCGCGUUUGGUAUGUGAUCAGUAGCAAGUUCACUCAUCAGCUUCUACAGUUGCAGUAUCUAGGAUCUACGAACUCGAACCCGGCCAUCAUGAAGUUCAUCAUUGCAACACUCCUCGCCUAUACGAGCGGAGCUUUCACCGCUGCCGUGCCACUGGAGCAGAGCGCCGACAUCGCGCAGAGCGCCAACUUCGAUUAUGUGCAGAACUACAAUGGCAAUGCCGCACAAUUCAAGUACAACCAGGCCCAAGGAACAUACAGUGUGAAAUGGGCAGGAGGAACCAAUUUUGUCACCGGGCUUGGUUGGUCACGGGGCGGUCCUCGAACUAUUAAAUACUCUGGUACUUACAGUCCUGUUAACAGCGGCUCUUUCUUCGGCGCGUACGGUUGGCUUGAGAAUCCCCUAACGGAGUACUAUGUUGUCGAGAGCUUCGGCACCUACGACCCUUGCGCAGAUAAAACCGCGAAGCAGCACGUCACUUUCAAGUCCGCUGACGGCCUUUCGAGUUACAAGGUUUGCAGCAACAUCCGCACGAAUCAGCCCUCCAUUCAUGGUACAGCAACGUUCAAACAGUUCUUCUCUGUCAGGCAGGGCAUGCGUACAUCUGGUACUAUCAAUACUGGAGAACACUUCAGCCACUGGGCCAAACAUGGUUUUGCCAACAAGAACUUCGGGACCAUGAGCUUCAUUACUGAGGCUUGGAGCGGUUCGGGUAGCGCUUCGGUUACUUUGUCUUAGGUUACGCUCAAGCUUAUCGGGCAGGUGUAAGGGUUGCUGCUUGCUGAGUUGAUAUACUGGCAUGGGAAAACUACUCGAUGCUACGCUAUCAGAGCCAGUCGAUCGCAUGCUUGAAACGAUUGAACGAUUUCCUCAAUGUUCUUGGCUCGG